AAACCAUGAAUAGCCAACGCUCUAACUACUUCAAAAAAAACUGUUUGGUCCCAUCAUAUAUGAAAUAUUAAUAGUGACACCUAAUAUACUCUCUUGUGUUCGGUCGCAUAUUUCAGGUAUAUUAUAAACCUUCAAUUCGGCCAAAGCGGUGAAGGGCUCAAAAAUUUAUCCACUAUCUUAAUGUCCAAGCUCAUCUAAUAAACACCAUACACACCACUAUAUAUAUAUAUAUAUGCCAAGCUUCUAUAUAAACACACCACUACCACUUCUAUAAACACCAAUUCAUAAUGCACAAAUUAGCACAACCAAUGUAUUCCUUAACAGAGGAAUUGAAGUCCAAAGCUGAGGUGUAUUAUGGGGACAAAGUUUGCAGGGAGAAGUUCUCUUUGUUGCUGGCAGAAAUAGGUCUACCUGAUGGAUUAUUAACCAUUCAAGACAUUGAGGAAUGUGGUUAUGUCAAGGAAAUAGGCUUUGUUUGGCUGAAGCUCAAGAAGAAGAGGGAGCACAGGAUUGAUAACAUUCUUGUUUGCUAUGAUACAGUGGUAACUGCUUAUGUGGAGCAAAACAAGAUCAAGAAUCUCACUGGGGUGAAGGCCAGGGACUUCUUGCUUUGGUUCACUUUGAACGAGAUUUGUGUUAAGGGCAAUCCAGAAGAACCUGUCAUCACUUUCAAGUCUUUGGUUGGUUUGUCUAUGUCUUUUCCAUUGUCAUUGUUUGAAGCAGGGAAAGAAGCCAAGGAAGAAGCAAAGGAAGAGAAGUGGUGGAGGAUGAUCAAACUGUAAUUAGUGCAAAAAAAAAAGAAAUAUAAAAUAAUAUUUUAUUUGUAAUUUUGUACAUAUGAUGUUGUUCAUCAGGGUCUGAUUAUGCUGAUGCAAUUAAUUAUUGCAUAUUGUAUAUUUUUAAUGAUUUAUUGGCUGUAGUGUAUAAAAAAUUAGUGAAGGUCUUUAAAAUGUGAAGUAAAAGAAAAAGAAUA